CGUGAGUGCGCGUUCAAGUGUUUGAAGAAGGAUCCAUGUUUGUCCUUCAACCUGGCAGAUUUGGAUGAUAACAUCGACAAUCUGCUAUGUGAACUGCUUCCAUCUGACCAUUACACCCAUUCCGACAAGUUCAUCACCAACCAUCUUUGGUAUCACUACAGUAUUGCGGUAAAAUUAUUUCCUUUGUUCUAUUUAUCUUUAUUAUCACGUUUAUUAUUAUCAUCAUUAUUAUUUUAUCCUAAUAAGAACUAAAACCGGUUGCAAUCGUCUGAGAUUGUUCAACGUUAAUAUAUCUCUAUAUGGCUUUAACUUUACCUUUUUUUGGUUGCAAGCCAUUUUUAGUCGUUUUAUCGAUCUGUCAUCGAAGUUUGUUUAUCUGGUUUUAUUAAGUGAUUGAUUUUCUCGGUUUCAGUCGACUUGCUCGAAAUUGCCUUGUCAAAACGGUGGAACUUGUGUACCUCUGUACCGGACAGACAGCUACAAGUGUCGCUGUACGAAAGCAUACACAGGAAGUCACUGCGAAAAAGGUAAAGUU